UCGAGUUCCAGGCUGGAAAAAGCUGCCCUGGGAGAGGCUGCAGCCCAGCCAGGUGAUGGAUUCCUAGGAUGAACCAUCCCCAUUCCCUGGCACUGCCAGCCGGGAGAGGUUCCAGCUGGGAAAGGGGAGAGGCUGCACGGAGAACCUGCUGCCCACGGUGCCCACCUGGCCAAGGUGCCAGCAGGGAGGGGCAGGGCAUCCUGCCAGGACUCUCCGGGUUCCUGUUCAGCCCUGAACGCUGUGGGGAAGGGCUGACCCCCCUGGCUCUGGGGGGUGUCUGCGGGGUUACUGGGACGGUUCUGGCAGCAGGCAGCGCUGGGCCCAGGGUCUGGGGGGAUCUGGGGGAGGUGUGGGGGCAGUGCUUUGUUCUGGCACCCUGGGGUGUCCGGACAGUGAUCCCCCAGCUCGGGGGUAGCUCCCCGCUGGCUCGGCAGCGCCGGCAGACAAAGCUGGCAGGCGCUGGCAGCAGGAGGAGGGGAUGGGGUUGCCGGGAACCCGGCCGCUUCUCCCUGCCCUGCUUUUCAAAGCGCUUUUCAAGCCUUUUCUUUUCUCUUCUCUGCUUUCAAAAGCUGCUAAGAGGCAGCAAAGGAGCCGGCGGUGGCUGGGGAAGGGUGGGAGCGAUCCGUGCUCCAGAGCCGCCCAGCAGCCCGGGUUCCCUCCCCGGGGCUCCGCCGGCACCCGAGGGGAGGGGGCCCGUCUCUCCCAGGCAGUUUUUCAAGUUGAGUGAGUGCCUGCUCUUCCCAGCCGGAGCCAGGCCAGCCCGCGGGAGCCUUCCCGGCGGCUCCCACCAGCCGGGUGAUGUUAAUCCCUGCCGACUGCGCUGUCUCAGCCAUCUCCACGCUCCCGUGACAGCGUCAGGUGAGGCGAGCAGCGCUGCACCGGCUCCCAGCAGCCUUCCAGCACCCACUUUGUCUCAGCUUCUCUGUACGGAGAGCAAGGAAAAUAAAAUUUGCCGAUGAAACGAGCUAUGAAAACGGCACUGGAGGAAGCAGCGCAGCCCAGGAUGGAGACACAGGAGUGAGCAGGGUGGUGCCGGGCACCGGGGCUGGGGGCAGAGGCUGUGCCCUGGGUGCCAACCCCAGCUUCUCCGCAGUGCCUCGCUGCCCAGCUCCGUGGUGACACCGCUUCCUUCCGACGGAGGAAGUGUCAGCCCCAGCUGAGCCGUCCCAGUGCCCGCUGCUGCCCACACAGCGCUGUCACAACGGGAUCGAGGACCGGAGCUCGCUCCUUGCACCGGUGACACGAGAAACCUCCGGACCCCACAGAGUCGUGUCCCAGCACCCGAGACCCCACGAGUGGCGUGGCCAGAGCAUCCCAGCACCCCACUUGCCACCCCCUCCCUCCGCGGAGAAGCCAGACUCCCCGGAAUAGCCAAGAAACGCUGCAUUAGGCAGGAGUGACCCAUCGGUGACACCGCCGGUGACAUCCCGGCUGCGCAGCCCCAUCUGCGAGCACCGGACGCGGGACCCGGCGUGGCACGGCCUCCCCUGGGUGCCACCAUGCCCAUCCUCAAGCAGCUCGUGUCCAACUCGGCGCACUCCAAGCGCCGCUCGCGGGCCGACCUGACGGCCGAGAUGAUCAGCGCGCCCCUGGGGGACUUCCGCCACACCAUGCACGUGGGGCGCGCCGGGGACGCCUUCGGGGACACGUCCUUCCUCACCAGCAAGGCCGGGGAGCCGGUGCCGGAGGCGGGAGAGGAGCCGGGAGCCUCCAAGCCCGGCCUGCUGUCCCGCCGCUUCCGCAGCAGCAAGCGCUCGCAGUCGGUGACGCGCGGGGACCGGCGGGACAUGCUGGGCUCGCUGCGCGACUCGGCGCUCUUCGUCAAGAACGCCGUGUCCCUGCCCCAGCUCAACGAGAAGGACGUGGACAGGAGCGCGGGGCAGCUGCCCAAAAGCCUCUCCUCCAGUCCCGUGAAGAAGCUGCCCGAGGAGGGGAGCCCCGAAGAGCAGCAGCGCCCCAACGGGGCGGCCGCGGGGCCGCUGAGCCCCGGCCUGGACGAGCGCGACUUCGGGGACAUCACGGACCUGCCCGUGGUGGUGGCCAAGGGCGGCGCGGGCUUGAAGCACGCCGAGUCCAUCAUGUCCUUCCACAUCGACCUGGGGCCCUCCAUGCUCGGGGACGUGCUGAGCAUCAUGGAUAAGGAUCAGUGGGAGCAGGACGAAGAUCCCGAGGCGGAGGAGAGCCGCGAGGAGGAGGAGGAGGAGGAGGAAGGGGAGCCUGCCCCGCCUGGCUCCCCGCUGGCGGCCCCGCCGAGCCAGAGCCCGGCCCGUGGCGCCGGUGGCCGCAGCCCCAGGGACAGCAGCCCGGUGUCCAGCUGCCCCUCGGGGCCCGAGGAGCGCAGCCCUGUCCCCAGGCCACCGAGCCAGCGGGGAGGGGCCCUGAAACGCCCCGACAAGGAGUUCUCGUUCGCCGACGAAGAUGACGACGAGAUCCGGGUAUAAAGGAGGGCCGAGCCCGGGGUCUGGUUCUCACUGAGCUUGCUUGGACGCAGGGCUGAACACCCCAAGAGGUGGCACUGGGGAGGACUCGACUCCUGCCCCGUUCCCUCUGUGUGCUGCGGCAGGACAGCGCUCUGCUCCCGGGGCCGGGGCCGUUCCUGACAGCCCCACACAGCUCCAGCACUUCCUGGGAGGGGGAAGCAGACUCGAUUUCGGUUCUUGCUGUUGGACUUUGGAUGUUAGCUCCUUUCUCCUGCGCCCCUGCCCGUGCAAAGCGAUUUAGGAUCCAACAAGACGAGCCUUUGGAGUUUUAGCCCUUUUAGUAAUAUAUAUAUAUUUUCCACCGUACAGUUUUUACUGUUUUCUGAUUUGUACUUACCUUUCUCUACUCUCUUUUGGUUUUAACUGAGGGAAGAUUUCCCAUGAGGAAGAACUUGGCUCUGGAGCUCAGAGGUGGCCUGGGACUAUGGGCAGCUCCAGCUUCCUGGGUUUCUUGGGGACAUUCUGCAGACCAAGAGCCUCCCAGUGCCGUGGCAGGUGCUCGCUCCCCGUCCCUCGGAUGGAUGGAUGGAUGGAUGGAUGGAUGGAUGGAUGGAUGGAUGGAUGGAUGGAUGGUUGGUUCCAUCCCAAAUGUUCGACUCUCCAACCAGCCUGGGGGUCACAGGGGUGUUCCCAGCCAGCUCCAGGGAUGCUGAUGGAAGUGUGGGUCUGUCCCUGGUGGGAGGAGCUCCUGGAAGGCACCGGAAUCCUGGUGGGGCCGGGCAGUGGUGGGAGCAGGCGGCUGGAACAGGAGCUUUUAUACCGUGUAUGUACAAAUGUAAGGAAUAAAAGGAAAUGGUAGUGAC